UACCGCGAGGACUCGGUGCUCGUUCGACCCCACGCCCCACGCCAAGCAGCUGAUCGUCUACAGCCGCGAGUACUCCAACCUGACCCAGGCCACCUACUACUACCUGCCGGCCGACACGUCGUCGGCCCUCCAGUGCUUCAAGACCCCCUUCGGCUUCUUCAACUACUCGCGCGCCUUCCUGCGGACGGCCAAGUACGUGGGCGUCAGCGAGCCCCUGGGGAGCCUGUCGCGGGGCAAGAAGGCCCACACGUUCGAGGCCCAGUGGCUCCUCGACGGGCAGCCGAUCGACGUGGUGGCGUGGGUGCUGGUCGACCGGCCCGACGCGAUCUGGGGCUACCACUUCCUCACCAUCGCCUACAUGAUGUACCACUACUACGAAAUGGGACCCAACGGCUUCGACCCGUCGCCCUUCAUCCAGCCGGUGGGCGUCAGCCCCUGCCCGCUCAUACCCACUCGCUCGCGCCUUUAUCAAUA